AUGUGUCCCCCCCUAGACCCUCCCCUCACGAUGCAGCAGCUGUUCUACGAGCACUACGAACGCAACAAGCGCGGCUACAUCCAAGAUCUGCCGGCGAGCAAACUGCACCGCGCCAUCACUCUGCACCCCAACAAGCGCCCCGCGUACCAGUACCGCCUGCACUCGCUGCUGCUCGCUUCACGUGCCCAAGAGCUGCGCCACAAGACCAUCGAGCUGCACCGGCAGAUCCUGCAGACUGCGACGGAGGCUCAGCAGCUGCUCGAUAACGGCGGCGACGACGAAGCCAGCGCCGCCUUGGACGUGUCGUCAGAGGACCGGCGCCUUGGCGCCUCGCCCUCCUUCAUGCGCUUCCACCCGCGCGACCGCCAGCACGUGCUCGAGUGGGACUUCUUCACCGGCACGCACCUCUGGUCGGCGCGCGCCGGCGCCCAGGGCCCCCGCCAAGCCCUGAGCGGCGGCGCCCUCCGCUCGGCGCUUGACGGCACCGUCGUGGCCCAGCUCAUGGAAAUGAUCGACGCCCGCGCUAGGGCGCGCCGGCGAGCCAUCGAUUUCCGCGAGAUCCUGUACGGCUACGCGCGCGUCAACCCGCUGCACGGCGCCGACUACGUGCUGGACGUCCUCAUGACGUACCGCCGCAGCGAGGGCAAGCGCGCCGCCGUGCCGGUGCGCCGCCACGCCUACCUGCAGCAGACGUUCGGCCGCGCCGAAUUCGCCGAGGAGCGCGAGAUGCAAGCCGCCGAGUUCGCCGCGGCCGUGGACGCUAGCGCCGCCGCCGCAGCUGCCGCCGCUUCGGCCGACGGCGGCGGUAUCGCCGGCGGUAAUGCCGGCGACGGUUCGUUGCUCGCGGUGAAGCUAUCGAACUCGCUCGGGCUCUUCGCGCCGUUCGGCCGCACCCCCGUUGAGGCGGUGCUGGCGGCCGCCGGGCCCAGCCGGGAGAGGAUCCACAUGCUGGUGCCGCUGGCCGGGCGGUACAAGGCGUUUGUCAGGUUCAUGGAGAACUUUGAGCGCGUGUGCCUGGCUCGCCCGCAGAACAUUAAGCUGGUGCUGCUGCUGUUUCGCCCUUCGAGCGACGACGGCGGCGGUGGCGGCGGCGACGGGGACGCGGUGGGAAGACCCGAGGCAUUGGUAGAGGAGUACCGCCGGCGCUACCCGAAGGCGGAGAUAGAGGUGCUGAGCGUGACCGGGCCUUUUUCGCGAGGCCUGGCUCUGGAGGUGGGGUCGUCGCAGUUUCCCGGCGAUGCCCUCCUCUUCUUCUGCGACGUUGACCUGGCCUUCACAGCCGACGCCCUGCAGCGCUGCCGGGACAACGCCGGUCGCGUCGAUCCCACCACCGGCAGCGCCAACGACGACGGGAGGGUUGGCCAAGUCUACUUCCCAGUCAUCUUCAGCCAGUAUGAUCCGCGCAUCGUCCACUCUGGGGGCGGCCGCUCGCCCACGAGCGACGACGGCGACGGUCGCCACGACGACGACGACCCCUUCGACUUCUCCGAUCGCGCCGGAAUGUGGCGCGCGUUCGGCUACGGCAUCGCCUGCCUGCAUCGCGCCGACCUGGCCCGUGCCGGCGGUUUCGACACAUCGAUUACGGGCUGGGGACUCGAGGACGUCGACUUGUUCGGCAAGGUGGUGGCGGCUCGUGCCGGCGGCGGUGCCGGUGGCGGGCUAGCCGUGUUCCGCAGCCCGGACCCCGGCGUGGCUCACCUCCACCACGAGGUGCGGUGCGACCCGGCGUUGGAGCCGAGGCAGCUGCGCAUGUGCCGCAACUCGAAGGCGUCGACGUUGGGAUCGGCGAGGCAGCUGGCGCACACGUGGCUGGCGCACGCCGAAGCCGCCGCCGUGGCCGCCGCUGGGGAAGACGAAGGAGGGGGACGGGGGCCGGGGAGGUUGGGCCCGACGGCCACCGACGUUGUUGGCGGCGGCGACGGUGCCGCGAGUCGGUAACCGCAAGCGCCGGCGCGUCAAAUCGAUUUCCUCGGCGGCGCCAUCGACGUACAACAGAUGGGCGCGUGCUGGUAGGGGGUGGGAGUGGGGGGUGAGCAAUGGCGGCGCCGUUGGAUUUCAACGGAGUUAGGCCAAACAUCCCAAAGUUGCAGGACACUCAUGAAGACUUGAGACUCGGCCAGGCUUUACUGGUAAAUAGUUGAUAUUAUAAUUACACUGUAAAAAUUAAUACACAUGAAAGUUUUCCUGGGCCCAUAUAUAUAUUUUUUUAUCAAUUUGGGUCGGACUAUUUAUAUUUCAUAGUGACGCAGUUUCAACGCGCCUGUGCCGAUGUUCUGUGGCGCACUCAUUUCAUUAAAACCACAUCGGCGAGAGGUCAGAACGCGGGGAUAGCACCAGAGAUUCCUGAACGCAAAUGCAGAUUUCAGCUGCCUGUUCUUUUAAGGCAGGUUUCUCAAGUGUAGCGAGCUUAUCGCCCUCAGCCUGAUCAUCAGCGACUCGCAGAGACCCUUAAUCUGGCUAAAUUUCAGCUCUGAGAUUUAAAAAAAUAUCUGUUCGACCAUCAUGCAACGAACAUUAAUAGGGGUUUUCCCCUUUUUUCUGGCAAAAAAACUGACACCUUUUGCAAGGAAUCAUGCUUACAUUAACCACAAUACUUGCAGUCAAAUGCAAACAAAAAACAAUACUCUGAUAAUUUAUGCAUUGUCUUUGAAACUGAUUGGUCCACACCAGACAGCUUUCUUUAGAGCCUAGUCUCAUAUGAUUUGACUGCAAGUAUUGUAGUUAAUGUAAGCAUGAUUCCUUGCAAAAGGUGUCAGUUUUGUUGCCAGAAAAAAGGGGAAAAACCCUAUUAGUAUAUUUUGGUACUGGCAAAGGAGGUCCCAUGAUGAACAUUACUCCGUGGCAGGACAGGUGGGAAAGUGCUGCCGCUUAACGUGUGCACUUUUAAGGGAUCUCAGAAGUCGUUUCGAUAUCUGCAUCUGCGACUGAAUAGAUUAUAUCACUGCGUAACAAAAAUGAUUUUUUUUGUUCCUGGGUAGUGCUACUUUCUAAUUGCUUAUGCCUCAAAAGUACAGAAAAUGGCUAUUAUUGCCCACAAACUUUGCUUUUGUGACCAGGACAGUGAUAUUUGAAAUUUACCUAUUUUCAAUGAAAAAUCGUGUGCAUUUGUGUAAUUCCUUCACAUAAAGUCCUGGUAACAAAAGCUAAGUUUUCUAUACUUUUGAAGCAAAAACAAAUAAAACUUACUACCCAGGAACAAAAAUCGUGUUACAUAGCGAAUUAUUGGGCUGAUGACUUGACACCAAAAGCACAAUUUGGAUAAAAUUGACAAACAAAUGAAGAAUAUAAGCUCCAAAAUUACUUGUCCGUGGACGUUUCAUCGGUAAUUACGCCGAGCCAAAAUACAAAACCAAAAGCUGAACUUUGUGCAUUGAACUGAAUGAAGUACAUUUCAUUUCUUUAACUUUUAAGUUAACUGCCUGUCGCUUGCGUACCGUGUUUUUUUUUUUAUACAUUUGCACAUUUAUGUUAAUUGUAGCGUUAAAAGCAUUAUUUUCAUACACGUAAGAUGUGUAACAAUUCAUCGACUCAUCGAUAACUAUCAAUUAAUAAAAAUAAAAACAAUAAAAACCACGACGUUUCGAAGGCAACACAAGCUUCCGUCUUCAGGUUUUCGCCUGAAGGCAACACAAACUUCCGUCUUCAGGUGAAAACCUGAAGAUGGAAGCUCGUGUUGCCUUCGAAACGUCGUGAUUUUUAUUGUUUUUAUUAAUUUUAAUUUCAUUUUUUACCUACGUGACUUUACCGAAAUAACUAAGAGUAUGAAUCCUUGCAGUCACGAAAGCUUCAAAUCUAGAACUAUCAAUUAAGCUUUUCCUAAGGUGCUUGAUAGACAUCAAAUCACGCGCGUUAGAAUCGACACAAAAGAUUCCUAAAUAGAUAUUUUUUUACAUUGCGAUGCACGAGCUCUCUAUCAAGGUCUGUCGUGGCGAAGUAGGCAAACAACCUCAAUAACUGACACCGCACGGGGAAGUCAUCCCUGGGUGGAACGGUGAUCACAGCGGUUACAACACCGCACUACGAACCCAGCGGUCCGAGUUCCAAUUACCAGCCUUUGGAGUUCGAUGCCUGGCCACGGCUAAUAUCGGUGGCGAGUGAUCUUGGACGGGGUCCCGAAUGCCACUCCAGUGCUGCAAGAGCUCUCUCCUGCACCGACGUGUCCAUGCCUCAAUUAUAUAUUUUUUUUAUUGUUAUAUUUACAUUAGUUUCACGUGAUGCCUACAAUCCACUGGAUAUGUGAAAAAUAGCUUUGUUGCUCAUCGGAUUCCUCCAGUAUAAAAAUAAAUAUUCCGAUUCACUGAAGGCGCUCUAUUUGCUAGUGUUAGAAAAAUAAGGGUUCGCGAUAGUGAAAAGGGGAGAAUAGUUACAUUCCGGAUUUUUUGGGAGUAAACAUUUUAUCGAGUCUGGCUCUGUGAGCCUCGGGCAAAAGGUAUGUGUGAAGGUGCAUCGAUAAAAUUUGUAUUUAUUCUUACGCUCGUGAUGUCGCAUCACGAUUGAGAGAAUUUUCUUAUUUACUAUCCGUACAAAGAAUACGCGAACUCUAUGCUGUUACAUCUAGGGUAAUGGGAAAAACAGAACUAAAUGACAGAUUUAAAAAAAGUCAAAACACAUUUUUGCAUACAGACGUGUUUAUUAUACACCGUCUGUGACCAAAUGACCCAGAAUGCACGCGAUCUUCAUCAUAUUUCAGAUGCCAAGCAGGUUUGAGCCUGGAAAGUGCUUUGGGUUGGUGACCGCCAUGCAUAACAGUUCUUAGAAGCUGUGGAGCCAUUUUGGGCAAUGCAGCAUAAGCUAUUGUCAUUCAGUAAUAUAACCCCAGUUUACGAGGGGGGGGGGGGGGUGCGUUCCUGAAAGGUGCGAAGACAAAUACCGAAACGAUCUAAAUCAAAGCGGUUUACAGGGUAGCGAGAGGCGACGUGUGGGUGUGAGGUUGAGGCGACAAAAAUCGGACGUUGGUAUUCAUAAUGACGACGUAAAGGGUGGGGGGAAAGAUGUACAUCGGGAUAUUAUUGUGCUCUUUCUACGCUCCUUCACCAACACUCCCCACCUUCACUGACCGGCGUGGUGAAGUAUGGUCAAAUAACUCUGCACAACUCACGCGGCUCUCAUGCAGCAUUGGAUUCACAAGUGCUGCUGUACAAGUUGCAAAGUGUUAUUGUUUUUUUACCCUUUUAUCUGGCAACAAAACUGACAGCUUUUAUACAAGGAGUCA